GGGGUUCACAAUGCCGUGAAAACAGACGCGCGAACAUGAGCCCGCGCCCGAACAUGUUCAGAAGGAUUAUAGGCGCAAAUCUGUUGUGUACCAUUACAUUGUUGUUGGCCAAAAGGUCGACAACAGUCGGGUUAAUAUGCUACGGUGCACCUUCUGCAAUAAGGUGUUUCAGGGAACCCAAUUCUACGCAACGAAACACUUCACCCAACAGAAUUAUUGCAAGAAGGUGUUCGAUGAUGUAUUGUACCAGAUUGUGCAGAAAUGCACACACCGCUUCAAGGCCGAUCAGGUAGAGAGGGUGUGGCGAUUUGCACACGAGCGUGGUCUCGAUGUCCCGCGGUCUGGUGCGAUGGGUGGCGAGGCGGAGCGUCCUGCACAGGGCGUGGGCGAGGGAGAGGAUACCGAGCGUUAUGCGGAGGGAGGUGUUGCGAGAUAUGGGGAGGGUGCGGGUAACGCGUCAGAGGACGAGGCUGACGUUGACCUAGAGGUUGGCAUGGCUGAGGGAGAGCGGACACCGAGGGGAGAGGGGGGCGUGCCGAAUUCCGAUCCGAUGGCUCGUCAGAGGGCGGUGGACUCACUGGACUGGGAGCGGAACUGCGGAAAGAAGCCCGUCCUGCCUGAGAUGACAUGCACGCUGAGUUCUUCGAAGAGUGUUGUUCCUGAUAGAGCAUGCACGCCGGGUUCUUCGAAGAGGAAGGAGGGGGGUGCACAUGUUUCUGCCACCAAUGCAGGGAAGAGGCUGCGGCAGCAGAAAAUGAUGGACACGUAUGGUGGCGAGUGGAUUGGUCAGUGGAGGAAGGCAUUCUUUCGCUGGCUGUAUUCCAGCGGGAUUGCCUUCAAUGCCUUCCACAACACGCCGUAUCGGGACCUCCAGCAGGUUGCUCUUCGGCAACCUGGUGGAGCACCUCUUCUCGUGCUUCCAUCCCACAAUGAGAUCGCAAGCAUGCGAGCUGUGGAGAUCCACCGCGAGGAGUUGGCGGAGGAGUUGGAGGAGUUUAAGCAGUCAUUAUGGAUGAGUGGCGCCACCCUCCUCUCUGACGGGAGGAAGUCACGAGACGGGCGACCGAUCGUGAACUUCCCCGCAACUGGGUCUCGAGGGGUCAUCACGUACACGACGAUCAACCGAAAGGGGGAGCCGGACGAUGCGGUGCACGUCCUGCAGAAUUGGGUCGCCAUCUUUCACGGUUUUAGAUUUGGUGGCCCACAGCGGGUCAAUGCUAUAUGCACUGACUCCGCCUCUGCAUACGUGGGGGCUGCGAUGGCUUUGGCCUCGCCAUCUAUUCCCCCUCAGCUGAGGAGGAUUACUUGGCUCCCGUGCUGCGUCCAUGUCUGCAACAAGUUGUUGUCAGACAUUGGCACGAUCUGCACCUCUUUCGUGGACGCGAUCACGCGUGUCCGAGUUCUGGUGGUGUUUUUCAAAACCCACCAGACCGCUCUCAGCUUCUUUCAUAAGCGGAGCGAGGCGUUGGGGCUCGUGCUUUCAUGCGAGACGCGCUUUGCGUCCGUGUACUCCAUGUUGGAGAGGCUGCUUGCUCUGCAGGAUCGUUUGCAGGGCAUGAUGACACGGGAGGACGGUCGGGCUAGGGCUAGGAUCCCGUGGUCCCGCGACGUUCGCGACAUGGCGCGUUGGGUGUGCCGACAGAUCAGGUGGUCCCCUUGGUGGGAGAGGAUGCGUGCCAUCAAGCACGUCAUGGAUCCUGUCAUGGACUUGCUGAGGCGGAUGGACCGUGGCGGACAGUUCAUGUCCCUCGUUGUAGAGUGGACUCGGGAUCUUGCACGCCUUGUGCGGGACGCUUGCAUUCCUCUUGGCCAGUCCUUUUCUGACCGUGUCAUGAGGCGUGUGCAGGCCCGUAUACAGCACAUGAUGGAGCCCGCACACUGCGCCGCAUUCUUACUGAACCCCCGUCGCCGGGAUGUUCAGUACUUCUCCUCGCAGCUCGACGGGUACCACACUUGGCUUGUUCGACAAGCCAAGAGGUAUCUGUUGUCUCAGACGGGCCACGACGAGUCGGGUGGUCGUUACCUUGAGGUAUGUCGGCAAUUCGAGGACUUUCACAUGCAGCAGGGUAGGUAUGGGACAUGGGGCGGGGCAGAGGGCCUCGCUCGAGCGCGUAGUUGCAGCGGAGACUGUGAGAUGUUGGAGUGUGCAUCGUGGUGGUCUCAAUACAGGGGAGACGCGCCUGAUUUACAGCAUUGCGCUUUUUGUUUGAUGCACAUGUGGCCCUGCACCUCUCCAGCGGAGAGGAACUGGGCGGUCCACGAGGGCAUCCAUACGAAGAAGCGUAAUCAGUUGGCCUUCGAGAAGGUCGUUCAUCUUGUUGAGAUCACCGCAAAUGUGCGGUUGAUGGAGUAUAGACGUGCAGGUUGUGGAUACGUCCUCCCUUGGCAGCGAGACAAGGGCAUGCUUGACGCUCAGGCGGGAUUGGACGUGGAACCUGUGUGCUCGGGGACGAGGAGUGGGAUGACGGAGGAGGAGAUCGAGGAGCAGGCUGCCCUCAUUGUGCGCGAUCCCAUUGGGGCUUCUGCGCUGCCCCCUGUUGAGUCUGUUUUCAGUGUUCGUGUGACUAUCAUCCGCCCAUACCCCAGGGACGAUGACUCUGCGGACGAGAGGGAGUCGGAAGCAGAGGGCGACACCAUGCUUCCCAUCCCAUGUGAGACUGAUGAGUUGCACGAGGAGGGCGACGUGCGUGACGAGAGGACGCACACCGUGUGGAGGGCGGCAGAGCAGCGAGACAUGGAUAUGAUCGGGGGGCGAGGAGAGCAGACGCCUGCUACCACGACCACGCGAGAGCAGACGAGUAUUCCUGUGACGCAGUCCGCACCCUCGUCACAGUCGCCUCUUUCGCUUCAUUCUAUCCCAGCAUCCGCUCCGACCGCUCUCGUUCGGCAUGACGAGCGCUCACUUGCACCGGUUGGGAGGGAGGACUUGGGAUCCUCGUUGCGCAUCCGCGGGCAUGGAUCAUUGUUUAGCGUAGCCCGUCAGCUCGUUUUGGACCCGCGUGCAUCGAGCGACUUGGGGGAGAUGGGUGUUCAUAGCGGGGCACCACCGGUGGAGGAGAGGGAGAGACGAGCGGAGGAGCACGGAGCCUCCGGAGCGGGCGGAGUUGAGGGUAUUUGGGGUAUGGAGGAGGAGGUAGCUGGAGCAGUGGGGGGCGUGGUGGCGGUAGAUGAUGGUGCGCACGUCGAGAGAGAGGAGGUCAUGGUGAGGGUUGAUGAUGGUGAGCAGGUUGAGGGAGUGGAGGGCGUGCUGCCAUCGGAGGUUGAGAGGGAGCACGAUGUGGCGAGGACGCAGGUUGAGAGGGAGCACGAUGUGGCGAGGACGCAGGUUGAGAGAGAGGAGGGUGUGGCAGGGGUAGAUGAUGGUGAUGCCCAGGUUGAGAUGGAGGAGGAUACGGUGAGGGCAGAUGCUGCUGCGUUGGUUGGGGGAGAGGAGGGUGUGGUAGGGGGGGACGUCGCCCAUGGUAGAGGAGAGGGAGGUGACGACCUUGACCCGAUUGUCCAGCGUUUCAUCGAUGACGAGAUAGGUCCCGCACUAGCGGGUUUGACCCCGGGCACGAGGAGGGCACUGGGGGCGUCGCCAUCAGGACAGAGGGGGGCGUCAGGGCUGGGGAUGGGGGAUUUCAUGGACAUGUCUUUGGGGGAUCCUCACAGCUCUAGCCACUCAGACAGAGAGGAUGUGGCGCGUGCCCUAGCGGCCGCUGGGUACUCCACAGAGGAGAUCGAGCAGGCAUUUGCAGGACGCUCCGGGAGAGAGACAGACACGUUUCAGCAGGGGUGCAAGGAGGUAGUAGAGCAGCCACAGGCGGAGCGUGAGGAUGCACCCGCUGCAGAUAUCCCCGGAGGUAGCAGUUCGUUGGUACCGUUCACGGGCAUGCGGAUGACGACGACGAUGCAGCCAGUUCGACCGUGUGUGCAAGGGUCAGAUCCUGGGGAGGUGGCAUUUGUUCAGGUACCACCGCUCAUAGUCGUGGAUUUAGGAUCUGAGCCAGCGCUUCAUACAACGGUUACUGGGCGGCGAGCUCCUCAGGAUACAACUCGCCUAUUGGAUUUCGCGGAGCUCGCAUGGGCUGCUGUGCGUGACGUGACAUGGCAGGAGGACACCGACCCUAGCAGACCACUUAUGCCGCCUCCUCCUCCGAGAUCACGUCACAGCGAUUCCCCCUCGACACCAGUCGGUCGCCCCCCCCGUUCACCAUCCACGCCCACCAGACCUAGGGUUCGUGACACGACGGUCAUACGGAGCCUCCCUCUUGACACGUCGCUAUUCGGGAGGACGAAUAUGGACCUGGAGUCCGCCGCUUUGGCAGCAGCAGCACGUGCUGUGCGUGACCAGACUUCUCGCACGAGCGGAGUAGCUCGUCCGCAUCCCAUGCCUGCCACGGGGGGUGCCGCAUUGGAGGAGUCUUCUGGAGCCGAGGGGUUGGGGAUGCCGCGCUGUUCUCGUCGUGAGAAGACAGUCGCAGAGGUGACUCAGGUGAGUGCUAGGCUUGUUCGGGUGAGGAUGGGGGAUGACCCUGUGACCGUGGUGGAGGACGAUCCCGAGACGGAGCCUGCAUGUGAGGAGGCCCCACAGAAGGGUGACGAGUAUAGGGACGACAAGGAGCGUGAGGAGGAGGAGAGCGACAGCGGGGAUGAUGACAGCUACCAUGACGACGACGACGAGCCCUCCCCUCCACCGCGGCAUGGUUCUCGUAGACGACGUGGCUCUCGUAGACGACAUGAUGACGUCGACGACCCGUCCCCUCCAGGGCAGCGGGAGACGAGGAGUCGGAGGAGGCAAGGGUCAUCCGUUGCGACAGCGUCGGGGCGAGGGAGUGUUUCAUCGACACGCAGCACGAGUGGGGCGAGGCAGAGUGGCAGUGAUAAGGGGAAGGGAAGUCGACGGUAUUGACAGCUUCGUUCCCCUUCCACGAUGCCUUUAUGUUGUUUGUGCUCAGUGUUUUGACGUUUUUGUAUAUUGUUUAGGAUGUAGUUAGUUUUUAGGGACUUCGGACCAGUUCAUGGACUUCAGCAUGCAGGUAGUGUUGUCGAGAGUGUUUGUUUGUUUUGUUUUUCGGUUUAUGUACGGCAUUUUCAUAUUGUUUUUUAGUUAUUGGGUUUUUGUUAGAGGUGGGACUUCAUUCUGACUUGUCGUAUUACGUAGAUGUUUGUUAGGGUUUUCUUUUCAGCUUUGUUAGUUCGCGGUGUAGGCUCCAUCCCAUCGCUGUACGGCCCCGUACGACUCGGCACGAGUGUC